AUGCAGGCCUCUGCCAGUGGGUGUUUGAGCCCGGUGGAGGUAGCUGCAUUGAAGGCACGGAAGCUAGAGCCGAUGAACCUGGCUUGGCGCGGAGGGAAGAAGGUACACACGGGAGCUGGAGCCCAUGAACCUGGCAUGGCGCGGAGGCAAGAAGGUAACUGGCUCUGUCACCCUGUUGAGACUCUCAAAACCCCUCUCUCUCUAAAUCCCCUCUCUCUCAAUCCCCUCUCUCUCUCAAUCCCCUCUCUCUCUCAAUCCCCUCUCUCUCUCAAUCCCCUCUCUCUCUCAAUCCCCUCUCUCUCUCUCAAUCCCCUCUCUCUCUCAAUCCCCUCUCUCUCUAAAUCCCCCUCAGAUGCAGCGCAUGCCAGCAAAUUGGGCCGGGGUACGCGGCGCAUGCCGGCAGCGGGCGGGCCGGGGUGUGGGCGGCACAAGCUGAGCUUCCAGCGGCUUGCAUUCGAGCCCUCCCUCUCCGCUGUUCUUGCCCGCGCCGCUGCUGCCACCGCUGUUGCUGCUGCUGCUCCUGAUGAGGAUGGUGAUGAUGGUGCUGCUCGUGCUUCUGCUGCUGCGGUUGCUGCUCGUGCUGGUGUUGCUUCUGCUGCUGCUGCUGCUGCUGCUGCUGCUGCUGCUGCUGCUGCUGCUGCUGCUGUGGGGGGAGGGCAAGAGAGAAGGAAGGGUGGAGGAGGGGAGGGUGCUGAAGGGUAUGCUGGUUUUGGGGAGCAGCAGCAGUGGGAGGAGCAUGAGGAGGGGAAGGAGGGGGGGGAGGAGGAUGAGGGGUUGGAGAGAGAAAGGGAGAUGCAGAGGCAACUGCUGCAACGGUUCCUGAUUAUGGAAGGGGAAGGGGCGGAGGCGGAGGGGGGGAAGGUGGAGGGGGGAGGGAUGGGCGUUGCGGGGAGCACAGGAGGUGCAACUGGUGUGGGCGGUGUGGGUGGUGUGAGUGGUGUGUUAGUUGGGGGCACGGAUGGUGCAGCAGAGGGUAAGUGGGGGCAGAAAUUAGCAGGGAUGAAAGGGGUAGAAGAGAAAGUUGGUAGGGAGAAAGGUGUAAAAGAGGUGGUGGUGGAAGGAAAAGUGUUUGGGGAGAAAGUGGUGGGGAGUGAGAAGAAGGAACAAGUUGAGAAGACAGGGGAGGGGGGGUCGCGAUGGGACAGGCUGUUUGCUGUUGCUUCGUGUGAUGUGGAGGAGGAGGAGGAGGAGGAGGAGGAGGAGGAGGAGGAGGAGGAGGAGGAGGAGGAGGAGGAGGAGGAGGAGGAGGAGGAGGAGGAGGAGGAGGAGGAGGAGGAGGAGGAGGAGGAGGAGGAGGAGGAGGAGGAUGAGGAUGAGGAGGAGGAGGAGGAGGAGGAGGAGGAGGAGGAGGAGGAGGAGGAGGAGGAGGAGGAGGAGGAGGAGGAGGAGGAGGAGGAGGAGGAGGAGGAGGAGGAGGAUGAAGGGGAGGAAGAGGAGGAAGAGGAGGAAGAGGAGGAAGAGGAGGAAGGGGGUGUAGAGGAGGGUAAUGGGGAAGAGGGGAAUGAGAGAUGGCAGAAAAAUUGGGGAAGGUCAAAUCUGGAGGGAGAGAGCAUGGAAGAGGAUAUAUUGGAAGAAGAUGAGUUGGAGAAGAGUGAGGAGGGUGAGGAGAGUGAGGAGGGUGAGGAGAGUGAGGAGGGUGAGGAAGAAGUAGGGGAGGAGGAGAAAGAAGUCAAGAGGAUAAAGGUAAUGAGAGCAGGAGAGGAGCGAGGGGAGGAGGAGAUGGAAAUGAAGGAGGGGGGUGCAGAGGAGGGGGAGGGGGAGGGGGAGGGAGUGGAGGGCGAGAUAGUGGAGGAGGGUGAGGGAGAGGAGGGAGAGAUAGAGGAGGAGGGUGAGGGGGAUGAGGAGGGAGAGAUAGAGGAGAAGGGGGGAGGAGAGGAGGAAGGUGAGGGAGAGGGAGAGAUAGAGGAGGAGGGUGAGGGGGAUGAGGAGGGAGAGAUAGAGGAGAAGGGGGGAGGAGAGGAGGAAGGUGAGGGAGAGGAAGAGGGGAAGGAAAAGUUGGAGGGCGAGGAAGAGGAGGCGGGCAUGGGAGAGGCAGAGAGUGAAGGAGAGGAGGAGGGUGAGGAGGGUGGAGCAGGGAGUGAGGAUAAGGGAGUAGAUGAAGGGGAGGAGGAGGAAGGUGAGGGGAGUGAGGAGGAGGAGGAGGAUGUGGAGGAAGGUGAGGAAGAAGGGGAGGAAGAGGAGACAUCAGGGGAGGGGGAAGAGGAAGAGGAGGAGGAGGAGGAGGAGGAGGAGGAGGAGGAGGAGGAGGAGGAGGAGGAGGAGGAGGAGGAGGAGGAGGAGGAGGAGGAGGAGGAGGAGGAGGAGGAGGAGGAGGAGGAGGAAGGGGAAGGCAAGGGGAGUGAUAAGAGCACAAGAAAGGGGGCAGAAGUGCCUUCGUGGGACAGUCUAUUUGCUUUGGCUGCUGGGGAGGGUCUUGGAGCUGGGGAGGGGAAGGGGAAGGAAGAUGGGAGGAAGGGCUCUGUGACAGAUGGUGGUGUCAGUGGUGGGGGAGGGAAGAGGAAAGGGGCAUUGGAGGGGCCUAGUGAGGGGGGGAAAGGGGGAAAGCGCCAGAAGACAGAAGGGCUGGAAGCAAAGCCAGCUAGUGAUGGUGCUGGCAGUGCUGCUGCUGCUGUUGGUGGUGGUGGUGGUGGCACUGGUGUUGCUGCUGCUAGUGCUGGUGGGGCUGCUGCCGAUGCAGCAGCAGCAGCAGCAGCGAGUGGGGGUUUGGCGGAGAGGCAGGAGCAAGUGGGCAGUGCGUGGGUGCAGAAGUUCACAUGGAAAUCGCUCACCAGUGCUGAUGGCAAACUCUCCUUCUCCCUCAAACCGGUUCUGGAGCUGGUAGCGCCUGUAACAACUGUAACAACUGGCUUCAAUGGUGCUGGUGCUGCUGGGGUUGGUCUUGGUGCUGCUGCUGGUGGUGGGAUUGCGGGGAGAGGGGACGGUGGGGGAAGAGGAUGGAGAGGGGGGAGAGGAGGGUUGUUUGGGAGGGGGAGGGGAAUGGGUGGAAGGGGAGGAAGGUUGGAUGGGGGUGCAGGAGAGGGGGAGGGAGGAGGCUCAUCUGGGGGAGGUAUACCUGACCUGUUGGCUUUGGAGGAAGCGAGAGGGGCAGGUGAUAUGGAGAAGCUUCUGAUGGACAUGGGAGGAAGCUUCCUCAAGUGGGAGGCGGAGGAGGGGAAGUGGAACCGCAAGAAGAAUGAGCUGCGGCUGGAGUUGAAGCGGCAGCAGAAGUUUGCUCUGAGGAAGAUGAUGAAGUGA